UUUUGCUCAAUGAGUCCAUAAUAGUGAUCGUGAUCAAGAAAGACGAAAUAAGAAACUUGAGCAAAUAGACAUUAUCUUAUAAGUUUUUCAUGUGAUUAAAUGGUGUUUGAAAUUUCCAGUUAGCAUUUGAAGUGGCAUUAUAAACUUGUACAAAAUGAUAACCCGGAACAGUCUCCUCCACAGAAUUUAAAACGUUUCAUUAGUGGUAGGCUAUGUUUUCGGAAGGUGCGGCCAUGUUAACUUGUGCUAAAACAUAUUAGAACCCGUCGAACUCGAUUUUGGAUAAUUAAUUGAAGUUCAGAAUGCCAUGCAAUUUGAAAACAAGAUAUUUGCCAGCUACCUUUGCCUGGACGCUAUUGCUUGGGACCACAGCAGCAUUCUUUUACUUCCCGUGCCGUUUCUACCUCUUCCACUACCCAUGGGUUCCAGCCGUGCAAGGGGUCAUAACGUUCUUCGUUUUAGCCAAUUUCACCCUUGCAACAUUUAUGGAUCCAGGAGUGAUUCCCAAAGCAUCUCCUGACGAAGACCGAGAAGAUGACUUUAGGUCUCCAUUGUACAAGAACACAGAGAUAAAUGGUAUCACUGUCCGCAUGAAGUGGUGUGUGACGUGUAAGUUCUACCGACCGCCACGCUGCUCGCACUGCAGUGUCUGCAACCAUUGUAUAGAGACAUUUGACCACCACUGUCCGUGGGUUAACAACUGCAUAGGACGUCGCAACUACCGCUAUUUCUUCUUCUUCCUGAUGACCUUGAGUGUUCAUAUGGCCAGCAUCUUCUCUCUGUGCUUAUUUUACGUUCUUCUUCAUAAAGAACAGCUCACCGAGACCACGUCAAUAGUGUCGCUAUGUAUAAUAGGUACGAUCACAUUGCUAUUCAUCCCUAUCUUUGGGCUGACGGGGUUCCACAUGGUGUUAGUGGCUCGAGGACGCACCACCAACGAGCAGGUGACUGGCAAGUUCAAGGGAGGUUACAACCCUUUCUCUCAGGGCUGUUGGCACAACUGCUUCUACGGACUGUGUGGUCCGCAGUUCCCGAGCCUUCUACAUCCAAACAAGUACGGUGGAAAGCGAAAAGACAAAUCGAAUAUAGCGACAAUAACGAACAGCGAAAGUCAGCAAGUGAAGACAUACAUGGAUAAUAGCAACGGAGUUCGAAGUGCCAACCCUAAUGCCUACAACAAGCAAGGAAUGGGGAAUGCAGACAGAUCACAGGACAGAGAUCUGUCGCCAGGCAGGGACGGCUCGGACACUGACAUGGAGCCUACUGCAUCUCAGUCUCAGGACUGUGAGCCGACACCGCCACUGCAGAGACACGGCAGCAAGACCAACUUUUAUCUUCCACCUGUAGAUAGCAGCGACUCGCCACGCAACUACACAGGCCACGGCCGACCUAGUCCACAUCCUAGAAACAGCAGUAGGCUGGAGGUGUCGCGAAGUCACACACCUGAUAUGGAGAGAGGCGUGGUCGGCCCGUCACCCACAAUGCAACAGAGGAUCAAAGCUAUCGGAGUGCCGACACCACUGGCCAUGUCAAGUCCACUACGCAGAUCAAAUCCUGGGACGCCAACACAACCUAGAAGGCCCGAUUUCAUAGGAGUAUCGGGCAGCAACCACCCAAACCCUUACUACGAGUUUCAGGGGAGAGGGAAUCCUGGUCCGGAAGCAAGUCCUCAACGACGAUUCCUCUCCGAGGGGGAAUUGCUACGGGGCGGCGAUCUCCCUCCGGUCUACCCUCGUACGAAUAACACGGUAGACAAUAUCCGGGAACUGGCGGGCUCACCGCAGCGAGGGGUGUACACUUGGAAAGACACCAGUCCCAACGCCUACUGCCAACAACCACCGCGUCCGGGGUACGAUCACUACAGAUCUAACCCUACAAGCCCCACGCAGCGAGGCGUGUACUACCCCGCACUCAGGGGGGGCGUGCCUGUUUACCCCCCGCCACAGUCACCUCAGGUGAAGCGGAAAAACUUAGUGACUCCAGUGACGCCUUGUGACGGACGGAGACGUCCCAUGUCGUUUGUGCGGGCGUUAGAAAUGUCGGACUCGAUGGAGAUGACUGGAAACAACCAAGAGCCGAGGCGAGGAACGACACCCACCCCGGAUAGACAAAGUGUUUACGAUAUGAAUUACGAAAUUUCUGUAUAGCUUUAAAACAAAUUUUCAGUCCUUAGACUCGGAUCAUUUUAAUUUUUAUCAAAAUAAUUUAUGUACUUUAGUCUAUUUGAGCAUUCUCCCUUUAGCUGGUGUUUAAACAAUAGAAUUUUCAAUAUAAGUUACAUUCCUCUAUUUUUUACACUUUGAUCUCAUACACCCGUUUGAUUCUAGUUUGCUAUACAGUUUAACCAAUCGUCACAUAUGCGAGUUUCCUCUGCUGAAAAUUUAGGUCGGUAAAAAUUCCAAGUUAUUACUAUUAUUUUUCUCAACAUUAGCUCUUGAUGGUAAUUUUUAAGCAUUAUAUUCUACCCUUGAAUCAUUUGUACAAGAGGUAUCAUAAGUUCUUGAAACAUUUUCUUAUUUUACUUUUUUAAUUUACUCUUUGAUAACAAUGCUUAUCUUAUUUGAUGCUAGAUAUCAAAUAUUGAAUUGCUCAGGGAUUCACCGUUACUUCUUGUUUCAGGAAUAUUAUCAAAACAAUGUUGAUGGAAUUGUUUGACUUCCUAGCCCUAUAUUUUGCCUACUUUCUGUGAUUGUUUUUUUAUAUUUCAAUAUUUUGGCUGAACAAUAUAUGUCAACAUUAUUAAAAUCCCCUCCAUUAUUUUUUUUUUAAUUUUCAGCUUUUAAAAUGUUACCCUCUAGAUCAUAGAUAAAAAUGCAAUACAGUCUUAACUGUUCAGUUUUUGUGUCACACUGUCAUCUUUGUAUAUUUACAGCCUUGAAGGUUCUCACAAAAAUAUUUAAAUAUCCCCCCCCCCUUAUUUUUUGGAGUAAUUUUAUGAAAAUUUUACACAACCAUUACAAUGUGAGAGCUAUUUAAACUUAAAAAAUGUUAAUAAACAUUAACAUAUUGUUUGAUUUUACAAAAAAAUUGCUAAAUUUUGUCUUUGUUUUAGAAGAUUUGUAUUUGAUCUAAAAUCUGAAUACUGCUAAAAAAAUUUAAUUCUAUGUAAAUUUGUUUUAAAUUUUGUUAAUUACAUUCGUAAUGAUAAAUCACGGGAUUGAAAGAUUGUGAUUACACUAAAUAGUCAUUUACAAAUCUCAGAGAUUUUAAAAUUACCCUUUACUGCUUGAAAGUUUAAUUAGAAGAAAGUUUAUUUAAUCUAAAACCUAAAACUGUAUACACCAAUUAUUGGUCAUAGGCAGUUCAGAUUUAUUAAACAUUUUUCAAAAAUCUUAUUCCUGUGAUUAUAAAAUAAUAACUUACUUUUUCUUAAAAUUUUCCAAUUAAAAAAUUAAAGGCAAACAUUUACUUAAUCUAGCCACUUUUUAUCAUGAAUUACUUACCUACAAGUCAUAAGACUGUAUGAUGACAAAAACUGGACUCAUGGAGAAUAUGGUGUUACUGUUAUAUUUUUAUUAUUGUUAAAUCCGUAUAAAUACUUAGUUAUUGUUAUUUUUAUUUACUUAAAAGUUAUUGUGUGCGAUUUAGUGUUUGAAGGUGCUAUCUAAGUUCCUUAUUAUUCCACUAGUGAACUGAGUUACAGUUUUAAUUAAGUUUCUAACAUGACCUCGGUAAUUUCUCUGAAAAUAUUUUACUUGUAAACUAUUUUUUGUAGAUUUCAAGCAAAAUAUUUAUGUUUCCAAUAGGUAAGGUAAUUGUUUGUCAAUACUUCGAUUUGGUUUUGCUUGACUUUGAACUCACAAUUCAAGUGAUAAAUCUAUCAAUGUUGAAACUUUUAUCUGAUUUGUUUGAAAGGUAAUUAUUUGAUAUAUGGAAUAUGGAGGAUGAACAGCUUUUUUUUAGACCCAUAAACAUAUUCAUGCUAAACAUUAUUUUCUUUGUGUCAGUGCUUGAUUACUAAUAAACUUCCAAAACAAGCUGCUAAAUUAUUUUAAAUCGUUAAAAAAAGUAUAGUGUACUACUUUCCUUGUUCUUAAGGUUUGAUUGUUGAUUAGAUUUUCCAAUGAAAAACGUUCUAUCAUAACUUAAAGUAAAAACAAUUUUUUCAAACAUUGCUUGCAUAAGGACUCAAAUUAUUUUUGCAAGUGGCUCCUAAAUCGUUGGUGCUGGUACAAUUUGUUACAAUUUUAACAAUUAUUUUUUGUUUGUACCAGGACGCUAGGCACGAGCCUGGGAUUGUUUUUCACAUUACUUCAGGCUAGACCUAGGGGCUGCGGCAUUAUCACCUUAGGUAAAAUCCGUUGGUGAUUAGGCGGGAUUUGAGCUCUAACCACUGAAACUAAACAAAUUUAUGACACUUAAAUCCAAUCUUACUACAAUUGUGGACUUUUUCGAAUUUUGAGAUCAUUGUAAGCAAAAUACAUCCGAUGUGCUAUUAUUUUAUUGAAUGUUAAGCAACGAUUUAAAAUGUGUACAGAUAUCUUAUAAACCUUUAAAUUGUAUGGAGGAAUUAUUUUUCUCUUAUCUCAAAUAGUUAGAACAUCACAUUAUUUUUAAAGUUGACUAGUGGAAUAUGAUUAUAUUUUAGGUUAGAUUAUUUAUAGGUUCUAUCAUAACCUUAUUAUUUUUUCACGAUGCUGACUUGAGGGCUUUUUAAUGCAACUUUUACAUGACUUAAACAUAUAUCGAUGUUGCAUUAUUUCAAAUGUAUGUUCUUUUUGUUUUGAAAAAACUCAACAUGUUUACUUUCAGAAAUGUGUGGUGGUGAGCUAAAGGAUUAUUGGUGUAUGUUUAAAUAUCAGUAUAGAUAGGGUAUUUUAUACGAAAAAUAAGGAAAAAGAAUAUUAGUACCAAACAUGUCAUUACAUGAAGGUUGGCUUAAAGUUCUUAUGCAAAUUGAUUUUUUUUCUUUUACUAUUUGAAGGCUUCUUUUACUGAUUCUCACUUUUUCGAAUAUGAUAAGUUACUUAUCACUUUUUUGUAAACUUAACUUCUUGGUAAAAGUAUUUUAUGAUCAUCAAAAUAAUAUUUCCCCCAUUGUAUUUUAAUCACUGUUCAGUACUGUAAGCUUACCCUUAGAUGUUUUUUUCUACAGUUUUUUAGUUUCUUUUUGUGUAAAUUGGCAAUAUUAAAUUUGGUAUUUAAUUAAAAUAGCCAAUCCUAAUGUUUACAUGGAUGUAAAAGCUACUAUUCGAAUGUUAUCACUGUUCGUUAAAGAUUGUUUUCAUUUAAGUGGAGUUAUAAGUGGUAUACAGUGUUGAAAGAUGUCAUUUGUGCCAACCUAUCAUACAUCCAUGCUGCCUUGUGUACAUACACACUUACAUCAUGUAGCUAGCCAGUUGUUAUACUAAUUUGUACAUUUUACUGUUAUUUUUUAGUCAAUUGAUGUAGAGAACUUAUAAGAGUAAUAUCGGUUAUUAGAUGGAUUUUCUCAAUGUAAAUUUAUAUUUUUAUAAAUAUAAAUGUAAUAUUGUAAAUGUAAAGAGUUUUGUAUAAAAGUUUAUGUCGCGGUAGAGUUGGAGGUUUCCGCAUUUAGUUGAAUCGUGUUCAUAUUAAUGUGAUUUUCGCAUUUAACCUAUUCUCGGUCUACCAAAGCGAGUUACGUGUGCAAAUGUAUUAAACGUUUAGUUUUUCACAAUUUAAAAAAAUAUUCUCAAUUUAUUUUUACUGAAUACAGUUUUAUUUGGGAAUUUUUGGAUGGUUCCAGGUAUACGAAUACGAAGCAAUAGUAAAACUAUGCAUUACUAAAACAAAAAUUUAAAUUAGUUGAGUUCAAUGUAUUUUGAUUGCAACUGUGAUAAACUAUAUUUUGCAUUUGCACAUUGUUUAUAGUUAUUGUGUUUUAAUGAUCAAAAAUACUUGUACCUAAUCGGUACGAUGGUAUAUUGUAUCAUAUGAAUUGUACAGAGCCUUAUAAAUUAUGUAACCUGUAAAUAAUUUACCUGACGAACAAAUUCUCACCCGAUGUAUAGACCAUGUUAUUUUACGUAUAUAUUUAUUGUGUUGUUAAUGUAACGGGAGACGUCAAAGCGAUACAAAUAUUUCUCUACGUGUGGGCGUGUGAUGUAAAUUUGUGUACCUUGUAUAGUUCAAAAUAUAAAAUGGAUUUUGAAAACCUCUCUAAAAAUGAGU